AUUUGACCAAACAGAGCCUUAGGGCAGCGCUUUACUAACGCAAGUUACCAAUUUUUGAUUUUAAUUACCUUUUCGCUACCUCUGAGUUCGGAAAUUCUGAACCCUCCAGAAAAUGGCCGCGCUCUGAAUUUCUCUCGAUCUUGAUUUCUCGAAAAUUCUCCUCCACCAAAUUCCGUAUCCGAGCGAAUUAUACGUAAAAAUAAAAGCAAGUGCAUUGUUGGUGGUGCGAAGACAAAUUCUUGUUGCACCCCCACCCACGGCGACCCGUUUCCAUUUCACCUGAGGACAUCAAUUGCGAUUAAGGGAAGCUAAAUCGAAUUGCAAAACAGUAGAAAAAUGGCUGAGAAAUUGGCUCCUGAGAAAAGGCACAACUUCAUGCAUAAUGGUCAAAAGGUCUUUGAGUGGGACCAAACGCUGGAGGAGGUGAAUAUGUACAUAGAUCUUCCACCCAAUGUUCCAAAGAAGCUUUUCCACUGUAAGAUUGAAUCGAAGCACGUUGAAGUUGGGAUCAAAGGGAAACCUCCCUACCUUAAUGUCAGCUUUUUCCCUGUGCAUGACCUUACCUGCCCAGUGAAGACGGAUUCUUCAUUUUGGACGCUCGAAGAUGAUAUUAUGCACAUAACUCUGCAGAAAAGGGACAUUGGUCAGACUUGGUCUUCACCUAUAGUGGGUCAGGGCCAGUUAGAUCCAUACACCACAGAUCUUGAGCAGAAGCGCCUCAUGCUGCAAAGGUUUCAGGAAGAGAAUCCAGGCUUUGACUUUUCACAGGCUCAGUUCUCUGGAGGUUGCCCUGACCCGAGGACCUUCAUGGGUGGUAUUCGUUCUCCUUAAUAGUUUUCUUUAAUACUCUUUAGUCUUUGGGAAAAAACAAUGUUGAAAUCCUUGAACUGUAAGUAAAACCACUCGUGGGCUCGUCAAUUUAAUGAGAUCGAAAGGCCUGCAAAAGAACAGGCAUGUUGAAUGUUGGUUCUUGCAAGUGCUUAUUUUGAACUACUCUAUUUGCUCCCGUGUUUGAAUUCAAUGUGCAAUUGGUAAAGUUAAAUUGUUAGGA